GCUAGAUUCGUCAACAUGUCUCAAACACCUUCGCACGCUUGCUGUACCGUACCUCCAGUCGUCAAAGAUGGCUACAAGGAGAAGGGUACCUGGACCACUGUUAACGGUCUCAAGACCUACACUACGGGUCCGUCUUCCGCGAAAAAGGGCAUCCUUGUCGUCUAUGAUAUCUUCGGAUAUUUCCCACAGACUCUUCAAGGCGCCGAUAUUCUUGCUACUGGUGAUUCGCAUCAAAAUUACCAGGUCUUUAUGCCUGACUUCUUCGAGGGCAAACCUGCAGAUAUUUCUUGGUACCCUCCUGACAACGAAGAGAAAGGUAAGAAGCUCGGCGACUUCUUCAACACCACGGCUGCACCACCGACAACCGUUGGCCGUAUCCCAAAAAUCUUGGAUGAGCUGAAGAAUAGCACUGGCAUCCAGGACUGGGGCAUUCUAGGCUACUGCUGGGGUGGUAAGAUAGUGAAUCUUAGCACGCAGCAGGGCACGCCUUUCAAGGCUGGUGCGGCGGUGCAUCCGGCGAUGGUAGACGCCGGGGAUGCGAGUGGGAUUACAGUUCCGGUAGCGCUGUUGCCGAGUAAGGAUGAGAGCAAGGAAGAUGUGGAGAAAUGGGAGAAGGCGUUGAAGGUCAAGACGAGAGUGGAGUGGUUCAAUGAUCAGGUUCAUGGAUUCAUGGCUGCUCGUGGUGAUCUUGACAACGAGCGCGUUCGCUCCGAGUAUGAGCGUGGGUACAAGAUCCUCCUCGACUGGUUCCACGACCACGUGUGAGUGACUCCAUUUAUAUCGUAACGUGUGGCGGCACUUCUCCAUCUACAAACAUGAAGUUGUAGCUUCGUCAUGGAACGUGGUAUGCGCUAGUCAUUUCGUAGGACAAAGAGAUAAACAAGCAAGCCAGAAACUAGUCACAUGUGCUAAUUAUUAACAACCCUUGCGGCA